AGUGUUACCAGAUUCCGCAAUAUGGCGUCUUGGUCUUUAUGAACAAAUUUGUAAAAUAAUCAAAAAAAAUAAUAUUAAUUUGCCAAUUAUCAAUUGAACAACGUGUAUGUAAGUGUGUGCGGUCGUUUAGUGAUUAUAUUGUGACAACGAGAGGCAGAAAUUAAGUGUAGUCAAUUGAAAAGGGCAGCCAAAGAAUAAGGCACAGUGCCGAGUGCAAAAAAAGGAAAAGAAAAAAAAACAACAACGGCGACGUCAACAGAAGCAGCAGCAGGCGACAAACGCGAAAAAUGCAUUUGUAAAAUUGUAUCCCAAGACACCUGAUUUACGCUCGCUUUUUCUAUCUCUCUCUCUCCGUCGAACUCAAAGGACAAGGAGACAGUGUGGGCAAAGGAUUGGAUCAGGGAGGGGCAAGGCCUUGGAUUGUCAUCACCACCACAAAAAAAAACCAAUAACAAAUGGCGCUUGUAACGGUGCAGCGUUCACCUAGUGUGGCUGGCUCCUGCUCGAAUUCGGAUGCCGGAGAAUCAGAGGAUGAUGAGGGCAACAAGAAUGACAAAAGCGAAUGCUUCUUUGCUGGCAAAGGAACCGCAUUGGUAUUAGGGCUUAAGGACGUUGUGGCUCAGAGCGAGCGCAGGCUAAGCACGGACUCGAUACGUUCCACCAAUAGCACUCAGAGCAAUAACUCUGAUAUCCAGUUGCAUUUGCAGUCCAUGUUUUAUUUGUUGCAUCGGGAGGAUACGCUUAAAAUGGCUGUCAAACUGGAAUCGCAGCGUUCGAGUCGCACACGCUACCUGGUGAUUGCAUCUCGGAGUUGUUGUCGCACUUCUUCGUUGAAUGAACACCGCACCAAGAUCAAGCGUCACAAUUCCGCCAAGUUGGCAGAUAUUGGUUCUUCCCUAUCUUCAUCUUCCAUAGCAUUGUCCCACAAUCAUCAAACACAAAGGCAAUUGUCUGAGGAUGUGACCACAACAACAACUUUAACGGACAAGGAUAAGGAGAAUCGUUCGGGAAUUGAAGCUGGCGAUAAUAAAAAUCAAUCAGAUAUGGAGGAAUCCUGUUUGCUGGGCAUCGAUUGUAAUGAACGGACCACAAUUGGUUUAGUGGUUCCCAUUUUGGCCGACACAACAAUUUACUUAGAUGGCGAUGGUGGUUUUAGCGUGGCGGUCCACGAGAAGACCCACAUAUUUAAGCCCGUCUCUGUGCAAGCCAUGUGGUCAGCCCUGCAAACAUUGUAUAAAGUAUCGAACAGGGCACGUGAAAAUAAUUUCUAUGCGAGCGGACCGUCCCACGAGUGGCUCUCCAGCUAUGAGAAACGCAUAGAAUCGGAUCAAUCGUGCCUAAACGAAUGGAAUGCCAUGGAUGCGCUUGAAAGUCGCCGCCCGCCUUCACCAGAUGCCAUACGAAACAAGCCAACCGCCAAGGAGGAAACUAAAAGUGUCAUUAAAAUGAAGCUGAAAGCAAUUAUGAUGUCGGUCGAUUUGGAUGAAGUGACCUCCAAAUAUAUACGCGGACGACUCGAGGAGAUUCUCGAUAUGGAUCUGGGCGAAUAUAAAUCGUUCAUUGAUACCGAAAUGCUUCUAAUUCUUGGUCAAAUGGAUGCGCCCACUAAAAUAUUUGAGCAUGUCUAUUUGGGCUCAGAAUGGAAUGCGAGCAAUCUGGAGGAGUUGCAGAAGAAUGGCGUUCGCCAUAUACUCAAUGUGACACGAGAGAUUGAUAAUUUUUUUCCCGGCACCUUUGAGUACUUCAAUGUACGUGUAUAUGAUGACGAGAAGACAAAUUUACUCAAGUACUGGGAUGAUACAUAUCGUUAUAUAUCCCGAGCCAAAGCUGAGGGAUCUAAGGUGCUAGUCCAUUGCAAAAUGGGAGUCAGUCGAUCGGCAUCAGUGGUCAUUGCUUAUGCCAUGAAGGCUUAUAAAUGGGAAUUCCAACGGGCUUUGGAGCAUGUAAAGGAGCGUCGCAACUGCAUUAAGCCGAACAAGAAUUUUCUCAAUCAGCUGGAGACAUACAGUGGCAUGUUGGAUGCCAUGAAGAACAAAGAGAAGCUCCAGCGUAGCAAGAGUGAGACGAAUCUGAAGAGCACAAAGGAUGCAAGACUUUUGCCGGGCAGCGAACCCACUCCACUGAUACAGGCGCUCAAUCAGGCCAAAUCGAAGACAAGGGGAAGCAGCCAGGCAGGUGUUAUAACACCCGAGGAGAAUGACAAUUCGUCCAGCAUAUCCCGAUCGCAUCGACGAUUAAGCGCACAAAAACCGCGACGUUUUGGUCGCCGAUCCAGUAGCACUUCCCCGAAGACCCCUAGCGCUGUAGUUACCAAACAGCAGAGCCAAUCAAUGGAAAACUUGACACCUGAGCGCAGUGUGGCCGAAGAGCCAAAGAACAUGUGCUUCUCGGGUAGCAAUGGGGAGAACUAUAGUGUCACCCAAAACCAGGUGCUGCAUAUACAAAAGCACACGCCGCUCUCUGUGCGUACGCGUGUUCAUGAUCUCGAGGCGCAUAAGGCGGAUCAGUUGCCUGUGUGGACUUCGCUUACCAAACUGAUCACCCAAACGUCCAAUCUUAACGAUAAUAGCACCAUGUCGCGUCAGGAUUCGGGGUCAUCUGAUGUGUUUUCCUCACAGGUGGAUAAUGCCUUUGCCAAAGAGGAGUGUGAGAAGCCACAACGUCGCAAGACGCACUCCUGGACUGAGUCAUUUGGGCCUAGUGGAGGAAUUAUAUUGGAUCCUCCCAAUCAGCAGCAGCAUCAACAACAGUCACAACCCAUUAUGCUACGCCAGCGAGGUGUGCGUCAGCGAGAGUUUCCAUCGCGGCAUGCCAGUUGGGGAUCUGGCGAUAAUAGGAGUAGUUUGCCGUUACGCACCAGUUCCUGUAGUUAUUAUGAUACUAAUCGCAAUACCACGGCCAUUUUCGAAGGUGAAAUACAGGACCUUAAGCGUAGCAGUAGCAGCAGGAGCAGCAUUGAGCACAAGACGACGCCAGGCGACAAUUUUAACCAGUGCGGCGACCAGAGUGGUCAACUGGGCACGGUUAAGCGCACCAAGCAGAAAUUAGAGGAGAAUACUGCUCUAAAGAAGCGCUGCCAAGAGGAGGAGGGUCAAAAUCAGAGCCAGGAGCACCUGGAUACUGGUUCCAAGCGUUCGGUCAAUCUCUUUCGCAGCGCCUCCUCAGCAGGCAGUGCGAAGCAGCGCCAACCCUUGCGUUGCAACAGUGAGGAACUGAUGCACACUAGCGAUAUUGAGAACAAAAAUACCACCAGCGAUUUCGAAACAACAACAGUGGCAGCUGUGGUUUUGCGUGGUGGGCCAACACAGAUUGUGCCAGAGGAUCAGCGCAUCUCGGGCAAUGUGCAAAUACUCAAGCAGAACUUUGAAGCCAAGGCGGCAGUGGUGGGAGUCAGUGGAACCGCCAGCAAUGUGGUUAACUGUACGGCCAAUAGUAACGCUCCUAUUGCUGCUGGUAAACCAAAGUCAAAUCAUCAAUCACUGCCCUCAUCGCCGGUGGCCCAGCAUUCGGAUCAUGCCGUUGUCGGGGGCACUUCAACAUCAACUUCUAAUUCAUCUGACUCCAGCGUAAGCGAAUCUUGUGAUCGUAAUGUGAAAGGUCUUGUGCAUAAAUAUCAAACCACUUCCUGUAGUAGUAGCCAAACGACAUCAAAUCCCCCGCCUGCAACAAGCAUACUGCCGACUCCUGCUGUCAUUGCCGUCACAACAACCACCAGCUCCAACUCGAGUUCCUCGAGUACGAUCAGCUCCACAACAAUCAAUAGCUUCAAGCAACGCCCGCGCUCCUAUUACGACCGAUCGCUGUCGUCGAACAAAACUCAUGAUUACAGUGAGAAUCGACCGCCACCGGCACCAGCCAGACACAUUGCCAAUGCAAACACAUCCUCCGCGGCAGUCGUUACCACGAAUUUGCAGCAGCAAUCUGAUCAGCAGCAACAGCAGCAGCAGCAAGUACAGCAUCGUCGUCUAGCACAGCAUGGAAAGACCCAUCCACUCACUAGGCUAAGUUUACCAAAGCAAAGCUUCAACACCGCUGCUUACAAUACCAUCCUAUUCCGCAUGAUCCGCUCCUUCCGUUACUCAUGGGCCGAGUACAAGAAGUGAGCACCAGCUCCACCAGUUCUCUACCUUGAGGCGGAUGUCACAACCAGCCCCAGACCUAGCCCACCUUUUAAUGAACAUGUCUAUUUUAUUUCACUAUUUAUGAAACAUACGAAACAACAUAAUAAAUACACGCAUCAUAAA